AUGUUUACAAGUAGUGAAGAUAGAAAGAUUCGUGAUCAGGUGUGGCAAUGCACAGUAAACAAAGGAGAAAGAUUCAGAAUAAUGUUUUUAGUAGCAAGCAAUCUCCGAGAUGCUCGUUCAUUGUUUGAGAAGAGAAGAGAAAUGAGCAAACAUGCUUCUGUUCAGCUGUCAUUGAUCUGCCAACAUCAAACAAGUCAAUUUCUACCGUCUUUUGUUAUAAAUACAUAG